AUUCAUUUAUGGGACAAAGUGGUGCCUGUUACAGUACCAUUAGAUAUUGUGGCACCCCCGGCACCCAAUCGGCGUGUGAGGAGAGGAUUGCCGGACGAAGAUCGCUUGUUGGAAUACUCGUCGAACUCCUCCGUUACAUCUCUUGAAGAAAUCAACAACAAAAAGGGUGGGUACAGUCCAUUGGGUAAGGCAAAAUUAGCCUUUGAAUUUCGUGUGUUCUGGCAUCAACACACCACGGGCAAGUUGCCUGAGUGUACUCGAUACAUCGAUUUCAAACGUUCCAACGCACAGGCAAUGAGUGCCGGGGCUGUGCCCAAAGGACCGGUACUUUCUGGGCCUCAGUGGGAUAAUCUGGCUUUGAGUCAAUAUGCUGUGCUAUCCAAACUUGCAGAGAUUGCUGUUUUUGAAGACGGUCGGUGGACCGUGCAUCCGGAUGUUAUUCGGCGAUUCUCUCAGCGCCUAAAUUCCUUCUGUGGUCUUUCUGAUUCCAAUGCAUUACAUCCAGAUAUGGACAAUACUGCCAUAUCGACUUUCAUGUUUCCGCCGUGGCAAUUUCUUUCGGAUGUGGCGAAAGUGACCCUUCGAUCCAACCGGCUGUCCGCUGCCAAACGUCGCUCACUCGAAAUUCCCACCAAGGAACCGGAUGUGGAUGGGCCAUUGGUUGAGCCUGUUCCUGUGCACGAUGAUCGACUAGACAAUUUGCCACAUGUAAUACUCCAUUCCAUCCAAGUUUCGGAUUUGAAUGACAAGCCUAUUCUCGUGAAUCGUGUCGAAUCCAGUGCAGUAUCUGUCGAAGCCUCGUCCAUAGUUCCCGUUCAAGACGAUGCUCCCGAGUCCGAUCAUGUAUUUUCCUCGGUUACCCCAGGUCAGGGAUCAUCAAACCUGCCUACUUCAAAAGCCACGACGAUGACGACGACACCGUCACGCAAAAGAUUGACACUGGACAGUUUUUUCACGCCUCCCUCCUCAAAACGUUCGCAUUCUGUGCCUGUCAAAUCGUCGCCGGCUGUUGAUGAGGUGAUACUCAUAGAUGAUUCACCGUAG